GGCUUCAGUCCAAUCUGGCAACACUUCAGCGUGUCCUUUUCAACUCCUGCGGGUCGUACACACUGAUAGGACAGUAAUUAAGUAAGACGCAUAUUUUCAACCUUUUAUUUGUUAUACUUUUUAAAAUACUUGAAGGGUGUCUUGAUAGUGGCUGGAACACACCCCAAACCGUUUGCCAACAACAGGAAGCGGUAGAACUAAGAAUUUUGUCACAUGACCUGUGGCGCGCUAAAUACGAAUCUGUAUCUUUAAUUACUGCGUAGCUUUUAAUGGAGAAAAGGCAUAACAACAUGGUGUUCUUUAAAAGCGUGAAGUUAGAGGGUUACAUUUUAGCACAAAAGACAGACGACGAGGGUGAAGAGUCCGAAGAGGAGGAAGAGACAGUGCCAGAGUUUCUGGACAUGAACGAAAUGGACGCAGUCUCUUCUGGGGCAUUUCUGUUUCAGCGGUCUGUACCCGCGUGGGAUGAAGUGAAUUUCAUGUCCAAUGGGAAGAAAGUACGUCUCAGGGGUCGAUUUCCUCUCAGGAACCCAUGGUGGAAGAUCUCCUGCAGCGCCAAGCAAUAUAACCAUAAAUAUGUGGCCACUGGCUUCCCUUCCUACGAACUCCGGACAGACCUGAAAAAUGACUGGCGGGCUAUCAUAUCCCUGUUCAUGAAGGAGUUUGAUGUGGAUAGUAAUUUUGUUGUUCGGUUCAUGGAGUGGCUGCCAGAGGACAGACAUGUGGACCUCAGAAACCUAGAUGAAGCUCUGUCUGAAUUUGGAGAGAGCAGCAGUGAUGCAAAUCAAGCUUCUGUUUAUGUCAGGUCUCAGAUAUAUAAAUCAGAUGCAGCUUUUCUUGUAAGAGUCGCCACCAGCUAUCCUUAUAUCAUGAAACACCUGCCAACGUUGCUGCCAGGGCAGUUUUUAAAUCUGCUAAAAAAAGGGAAGGAGGAGGAGGUGGAUGAGGAGGUGGAUGAGGAGGAGGAGAAACAGCAGGCUAAAACUGAUGAGGAAAACAUGGAGGCUUCCUCACACAAAUAUAAUAAGGUUUCCUUAUUAGCCAGACUGGAAGAGCUUAUCAAGACUGAAGUGUGGAAGUUUGGCUUUGGCUGUAUCAUGCAUAAAGAAUUCUGGUUAAUCAGAUGUGAGACUACCCUGAACAACUUUAUGUCCUGUGAGUUAUUCAACACCAUGACUACUGUGCAGCAAAAUGCCCUGAAGGUGUACAAUGAGCUUAAAGACUAUUGUAGAUGGUUUGGCCACACCUACAUCCAAAAGAAUGCUUUUGGCAGGAAAAUAAAUAAAAGGUUGAAUAUGCCGGAAGCCAGAAUUUGGGAUGCUGUGGCCUUCCUCUGCCAGCAUGAAGUGCUGAAAGUAGAAAAGGAUAAGAUUGCUCUGAUGAAUCUCUACAACUAUGAGAAGAAGAUUGCUGAAUGUCUCCACCAUCUAAUACUGGGGGAACGCUGGAAGAUUGAUCUGGACGUGAGGCAGGUUCUCCGCUCUGCAGCGCGCGAGAGAACGAGAGACCAGCUUGCCGCCAAUUCUUCUUCUGCCUCAGGAACGAAUGGAGAAGAUGAGUCUGGUCUGAGCAGGGUGUCAGUGACAGAUGAGCAUGAACCGAUGGAUGAAAUGGAUCCAGACCAGGUCCGAGCAGCAGAGAUGAUGUGUGAUAAUGCUGUGACGGUGAUCAGUGGAAAGGGGGGUUGUGGCAAAACCACUGUGGUCAGUAUGAUCUUUAAAGCUGCCAUGGAGCAACAGGAGAGCAGAAAGAAUAAUGGCCACAUGCUGGAGGAAGUUGAACAGAAAGAGAAUGACGAUAAGCCAUUGGAGGUUCUUCUUACUGCCCCCACCGGUAGAGCUGCAUCACUACUGACCAAGAAAACCUGCUUCACAGCUUAUACCAUACAUCAGGUCUUGUGGAAUUACAAGCUGGCACAAAAAGGCCCAAAUGGAAAACCAAUGAACUGGAAGUUUGACAAAGUCAGAGUGCUGGUGGUGGAUGAGGGCAGUCUUGUGGAUGUGCAGAUCCUUUCUUCCAUCCUGUCAAUUCUUACCAAACAUGCUAAGCUACAAAAGUUCAUCAUUCUGGGAGAUAUAAGGCAGCUGCCUAGCAUUAGCCCAGGAAAUGUCCUCAAUGAUCUCUUUACCAGUCUAACGAAGGUAUAUUGUGCCAUUGAAAUGCGCACCAACCACCGAGCUGAAUCAAAACUCAUUGUUGAAAACGCCAGCUUAAUAGCAGAUAUGGGUGUCAGUAAAAGGUUUCAUCAUCUAAACUAUGAUGCCACUGUGGAACUGGGUAAAGCGUGUACACUGCCAUCACCUGAAAAGAGAUUCAUAGAGAUCCUUCUUCCGGCAAAAGAAAAUGACGAUGAUCUACAGAAUUCUAUAAAGAGAUUGCUGAAUGGCCCAGCACCUGGUUUGAACGAUGAUGCAUCUUCACAAUUUAUUGCUUUCACAAGGAAGGAAUGUGCUUUGAUUAAUGAGCUUUGCUGCCAGCAUUACUCUAAACACACCACCAUGACUCAUAAAAAAAAAAAGAACUUUCAGAUCGGUGAUAAAGUAUGUUGCACAAAGAAUGGCUAUGUGACAAAUAAAGACAAAGAAAAUGAAGCCAAAUCCAAAAAGGAUGAUCUGGAUGAAGGCAAACGGUUUAAAAAAGACCGAUUGUGCAAUGGAGAGAUUUUCUUUAUUACAGAGGAUAAGACCUUAGAAGAAACUGGACAAAAGCGCAGUAGGGACCUGACUCUAGAUGACAAGCAGGGCAGAAAGCUGACUGUUGACUACAGGGAGUUAAUGAGAGAGUGUAAACUGCGGCAUUCCUGGGCUCGGACCAUUCACACCUUUCAGGGCUCAGAGGAAAAGACUAUUGUGUAUGUUCUCGACAAAGGCAACAAUCAAACUUGGAAACACGUUUAUACUGCAAUCACACGGGGUCAACACCGUGUGUAUGUCAUAGCAAAACAGGGUGGGCUUGAGAACGCCAUCAGAGAACGCGUCAUCAAACGUGACACACAGUUGGAAGGCUUUGUCAUGGACCUGCUUAAGAAAGAUUUUCUCAGCCAGAGUCAGUUCAACACGCCAAAGCGAGCUUCCUCUCGGUUUGCACAUGAGUCCUCGCCAAGCCCUGGUCCAUCCCAAGCUUACUCUGGAAUGAUGAGUUUGAUGUGUAGCAGUGGGCUUGGCUGCUUCAGUUCCCCAGCGACUCCCAGUCCGUGUAAGCGAGAGGGAAUCGCAGACAGCUCCACACCAUCCAAAAAAUUGAAGGUGGACACACCACUGGGCAGCUCAAAGCUACAGCGCCUUUCUCUUAACACCACACCAAAACAGCUUUUCCCCACAGCUGAUGAUUUGGACCAGGAGCAGGAAACAGCUGGAGGAGCCUGCCAGAGACCUUAAUUGUUUUGACAUGCUGAAAGUCAGAGAGGGACUUUGUGUGCCUUGCAGCAUUAAGGUGAUUCACCUUUCAAACCAGAUUUUAGAUUCACCAAAUUACAGAAUGGCAUCCUGUAUUAUUGUGGAUUUCAGUGUGUUACAUAUGGAGUAUCACAAGACAAACAGUAAGAGUUCCUGUAAUAUCUUCGUCUAGAUUGUUUCAAGAUAACAGUUCAAAUAUGCAAGGUGUGUGUUUAGGUUUAGUUUUCAUAUCAUGCUUGAUUUUGUUGAUUUUCGCAUGCAUUAUAAUCUAAAGUGAACAAAUGACGGGAGACACAGGCUCACAUGCACACAAUUGUUCACAUGUAAUUGUGAAACUGCGUCAUUUGUCCGAUCUUUCAGGUUGGGAAUCAACACAAUUUGGUUCUCAGUUUGAAAUGCAGCUUUCUGUCCUGUAAGAAUUUCCUUUCUUUAUUUUAUUUUACCUGCUUGCAAUCAUUGCAUGUUUAAAUCAAUGCUACACACACUAAAAUGCAAACCCUGUCAUUAUGUCUUUAAUACACACAGAAAAGCUAUGUUGACUCUGCUAAAAAUGUUUCUGAUAAGCAUUAACUGUAUUUGUUUUUAUGUGUGUAAUCAGCAACAUGUGCAACAUCAGCACAUUUUUUAUGGGCUGGGGUUUUGAAUUUACUGUGCAGGUUGCUGCCAUACCAGUGCCAAUAUUUUCCUUAUGAAAAGAGCCAUACAAGGUCAAUUCUGGCUGAUCUCAUUUUAGAAAUUCCUUAGUAAUGAAAACAUUUCAAAAAGAAACAAGAUUCGUAGUGGAAAAAAACUGUUCCCACAAACAUUGCUUAAAAAUCCACUGUAAGCAGAACCCCACACUCUAAAUCCCUGUUGGAUUGUCAGCUUACUUUAUCCAAGAAGUUGUCUGAAUAAAUAGGUUCAAAUCAUCAUCAUCAUUAUGGUCAUCACUGAUAAACAUUUCUUCAUCCUACUCUGAUGGCUAGAGCAGUCAUUUACCUAUAAUAAUUGCUAAUCUUGCAUUAAACAUGCAUAACAAGAGUUCAGUCUCUGCAAGGUGUGUGCAUUCAGCCUUUAUAAUAGAUUUGGAAUUAGCCCUAUUUUCUAGUUUACCUGGAAAGAUUCCUGAUUUUGUACCAAUUUCUAUUUGAGACACUAUACUGUAUACCAAACAUGCUCUUUCUAGGUGGACUUUACUCCCAUUGUUUCUAACUAGCUAAAUAAGCCAAGUUAAAUAUUUAUUGUACCAUGUACCAAUGUCCAUUUUGGAAACUUCUGUUUUUUAAAACUGUAUUAUUAUCAAUAGGAAACUAACUAUACAUGUAUUUCACCAAUUUUUUUUUUUUUUUUUUUACUGUUUUAUUCAUCAAAAGCCCAUUUGUUCCAAAAAUAAAUAAAUGUUCCAU